ACUUAUCGGAGAAUCCCAUGUACAGACUAGGGAAUUACUUUUCUGUUUACCCAUAUGUAAUUCGUGCAGAAGACAGUUUAGCGAUAUUCAAACCUAUUCAGUAUCGCUCAAACCACAUGGGGACAAUGUCCGAAGGAUGAAGCUCCAGUACUAUACAAGAAUCUUCUUUGCCACCAGGAUCAAGGAUACAAUUGUAGAACUUCUAAGGCUAUCGAUAUUCAGUUUGACAAAUCGUUCUUAAUUCACUGCUACAAGUGCGGAGCACUAUAGUCAAGUGUUUCAAAGAUUCAGUGAUGUCUUCGACGGAUCUGUGAGAAACUUACGAUUCCGAGGUUCUGUUUUUCAGUGUCUGUUCCCACAUCAAAACUACACAUAAACCAAGAGCAUCUGACACAAAGUUGUGUGCCCAUCUAACAGCCUAUUCUCGAAGAGUGAAUACAACUUUAAAAUAAGUUUCACUAAGAGACAUUUUUUUGCGUUUACUGAUGCUAAUUUAUGAUGCUGUUUAGUGAGUAUCAUUGACAACCAAUUCUGAGGUGUAAUUUUCUUCCACAAUCGUCUCGGCAUCUCGAAUCGGGAACAAUGAACAUGGAAGGCGUUUUUCAAAUAUUCAUCAGUUUAGCUUUCAACAACUUCUUGCCAAAGGACCUCCCGACUUCUCUAAUCGUUCCUAGCAAAUCAUACUGCGCCAAGGGUUGUGUUUUAGACCCUAACUGUCAGUCCUUCUUUUACGUGACCAAUGAAAAGAACAAACUGUGCUAUCACCUAUCACAGGUGUUAGCAAAUACAACGGGACUUAUUGCUCAGGAUGAUGUUGGUUAUUACCACGUCCACAAAGUGAACGGCGGUUGGUCAGCGUGGUCUGUGACAUCACCUGGUGCAUGUACAUUGACCUGUGGGAGUGGUCAGCAAACAGUCUCUAGGGACAGGACCUGCAGUAACCCGACCCCAGGCCACGGUGGAGCUCCCUGUCCCGGGGCGUCAACAGACACUCAGACACAGACAUGUAACAUUGUGCCUUGUGCAGUGAACGGCGGUUGGUCCGCGUGGUCAGUGACAUCAGCUGGUGCAUGUACAUUGACAUGUGGGAGUGGUCAGCAAACAGUCUCUAGGGUCAGGACCUGCAGUGUCCCGACCCCAGGCCACGGUGGAGCUCCCUGUCCCGGGGCGUCAACAGACACUCAGACACAGACAUGUAACAUUGUGCCUUGUGCAGAUAUCAUCGGAACUUCUGACGUAGGCUACUUCAUCGAGGACAGCAAACAGCAACUCCUGGCUCGUGGAAGUGGGUAGAUAGAACUUCAAUCUCUGGCUUUUCAAUGUCUGAUUCCACUAAAAUGUGCUUGGAAAUCGACAAAAACAUCUUGGAUGACGACGUUUGUAAUUACGUACAACGGUUUGUGUGUGAAAUCGUCCUGACGUAAGUGGAAACAAAUGGCUGUAAUGUACACCUAGCCCCUUCUAAAUAGAGGAAGAAAACAACA